AUGACAAUACGCUCCAGCGCCUUGAUCGCCUGCGCCCUUGCGGCUUCGUUGCCGGUUGCGAUGGAGGCACGCGCCCAGCAGACCAACGAGCAGCUAGCCGCGCGAUGCGCCGAACUCGGCGCGCUCUACGACCGUUACAAUACGCGCCGCAGCGAAGGUUCGGGCGGCCCCGACAUGACGCGCCUCGGGGCCGGCAUCGACUGCCAGAAGGGACGCUACCAGCAGGGCAUCAAGGCGCUGGAGGAUCUCCUGCAGCGCAGCCGGCUUGAAAUCGCGCCACAGCACGAUGCCGGAGGCAUUGUCGAGCGUCGUGCCGUCGAGCUGCUUCUUCAGUUCAUGCGCCGUCGGACGCCAGAUCAGCGUGCUCUCGCCGCUCGCUCCCGCGAAGCGGCCGGUCCCGCCGGUCAGCUUGAAGGUGCCGCGGCAGCCGACGAGCUCAUAGCCGGCACAGUCCCAUUCGCCCCACGCCGUGGCACCGUCGCCCGCCGUGAACGUGCAACCGCCCGACGCGCUGGUCUUGCGGCUGGCCUGGUCGAUCUUGGACGACAGCGCGCAACUCACACGCCCGGCCUGCUGGGGGCCGUCAUCGGUCUCGAUGAAAAGCGGACCAGCCAGGCUGGCCGCCACGACGACCUGCUUCUCGCCGGCGCGGACGAUCGUGCCGUUUGCACCGACGACCGCGAAGGCAUUGAAGGUGCCAGCCGCGGGAUCGGUGCGGCAAUGGUCCGCGAGCUGAGGAUCGGCGGACUCGACGUCUAUGCCGUCGCGCGCUCGGCCGACGACCUCACCGAACUGGCACAGGAGACCGGUUGCCGCCCUCUGGCGCUCGACAUCUCCCAUCGCGACGCCGUGCUGCAUGCGCUGGGGUCGCUCGACGCCGACGUGCUGGUGAACAAUGCCUCCGCCCCGGUGCGCGGCGGCGUCUCGUGGGAGACCCCGCCCGACGACAUCGACGUGCUGAUGGACGUGAACCUGCGCGGCACGCUCAACUGCCUUGCCGCCGUCGUGCCUGGCAUGAAGGCGCGCGGGCUCGGCCAUAUCGUCAAUCUCGGCUCGACCUCGGGCACCGCCCCCCUGCCCGGCAUGCCGGUCUAUGCCAUGACCAAGGCCGCCAUCCACAAUCUCAGCCAGACCUUGCGCCUCGACCUGCACGGAUCGGGCGUCCGGGUCAGCGAAAUCUCGCCGGGCCGCGUCGAAACCGGCGCCCAUCUCGGCCUGAUGGAGGAUCGCGAGGAGGGCCGCCGCCGCUUCUACGAAGGUUUCGAGACGCUGCAGCCGGGCGACAUCGCCGAGGCGGUCAUGUUCGUGCUGGGCGCGCCGCAGCGAAUGGACGUGAGCUUCAUGGAGAUCGUGCCGACCGACCAAUCGUACGGCGGCUCGCAAUUCCAUCGCCGCCGCUGA